GGCAGCACUGACACCAACCCAAACAGCGGACAUGGUACUGAGCUGCGGUGUACUGAAAAACGCAGAACAGAUAGCUCUUGUGUUUGACCACCUGGAGGAAAUAACCCCUUUCCAGAGCAUUGAUGAAUUCCUGACGGAACUGGCCAAAGGCUCCGAGCUUGCAGAUAUCACAACUGCAGUACGGGAUGUCAUGAUGAAUCGGACUUUCUCAGUCAUCCUCAGUCAUUUCCAUGAAUUUUAUAGGCAGGACUGGAUCGAUUGGUUCACUGUCAAGCUGACAGUCCUCCUUCCCAGUUUCAAUGCAGAGAUGCUUUCCAUUACACUCUCUUAUGUCAAUUGCACUGAUUACCAAGUCAUUGUUUUUGGAAUGGACAAGGUCUUCCCAGAAAUGACAUCUGAUCAAAUCAAGGAAAUAACCACGGUUUUGGUUGCAUACCUCAAGGAAGCCAUUUUCCAAAAGCAUGAUUCAGCCUGCCAACUGAACGCUCAAAACCAUGCUGAGUGGCUGUACAUCAACUUAGGAAAUUUCUCCGGAUAUGUGAACUACUCUGAGCUGAAGGUCUUUAACAUCACUUGGCUCCAAUCACUGGCAACACUAUCACCAGCCCAAACUGCUGAGAUGCUACUGAGCUCUGGUACACUGAACAACACAAGCCAGAUAGAUGCUGUGUUUGACCACUUGGAGAUCGGUAACCCCUUCCAGAACGUCGAUGAAUUUCUGACGGAACUGGCCCAAAGUCCAACGGUGAGCACCUCCAGCUGUAAAUGCAAAAUCCACUGA